AUGCUUCCUGCUCCGAUGGCGACCUCGAUUCUCCUCGACUGUGCCAAUUACGCUGAAACCAACCCAGACAUCGCAGGCGUCGGUGUGCGAGUCAGCUUCUACCUCCAAGCUUUCUUUAUCGUCCUUCUCGUCGACCGAUCUUGGGAGGAUGCUCCGGUUGCACUGUGGACUUUUAUCGUCACUAGCUUUGGGAUUCUCCUUGCGGCGAUCAUACAACGAAGUCAGCUCUCGAUAUUUCAAGCACUGCAGCUCUCUAAUUUGAUAUGGCUCGCGAAUUUCAGUAUAUUUUUCUCCCUUGCCAGCUACUCCAGACAGCGGGCCGAAGCUGCUGAGAAUAUCCAGCAAAGUCGAUCACUGUCGUCGGAUUUUAAGGUUAAGUAUGGUGCAAUGUUGCAAACUAUAUUCUCUAUGGCUCUGACGCUGUACAUAUGGGCAAACGCACCAACGUUCGGAAACCAACCUGAAUGCUCGCCAUACAUAAAAUUUAUGCUAUUCGCUCUUGAAGUCCCCGCACUAGGAGCGGGUCGUAUUAUUGGACUGACGUUCACCGGCCUCCUGACGGCGAUAUAUCUUCGGGUCUCUAUGCACGACAUCCAGUCUUAUCGGACUAGGAUGCAUCGUCUACGCCAGUCUAGCCUCAGCGACAAUAAAUCGACGAUAGGGCAGCCGGGUGGUAACUCCGACAAAUUUCCUACAGCGACUGUGACAGAGCGCUUGAACGACGUCGAGCACACAGCUGUAUCAAAUGGAACAAUAAUAGCACGGAGCACUUGCGGUGCAGGACCUCGAUCCCCGGAUCCUCCCACUCUAUCAGCACAAUCGCCUCAGCUCGUCCGCAGGCCGAAGCGACGUCGCUGGUCGUUUGAUUUGGACCCCAUGUUCGUCGGUAUUAUCAUCUGUCAGAUCAUGGUGUUCACGUAUUUCAUCGUUUCGAGUGAACUGUUCCUCAAACGCAACCCCACGACCAGCAAUGGAGCAUCGCAGUGGAGCUUCGGCCAAAUUCUGGCUUUGAUAGUCGUGACACCGUCGGCUUUAUCAGUGGCAGAUGCUAUGAAAAGACAUGGGCUCAAACGUCUCUCGCGGCGGAGGAGGCAAGGCCUAGAAUAUAAUUCCAAUCUAAUGCAUACAGACACUGUAUGA